AUGGCAUUCAAACACAUCAAAAUCCUUAUUCUCGGACACUUGUCCUUCUCUACCCACAUAGAAUCCCGUCUGGCUUCCACAUACACGCUCUUGGUAGCCGACGAGCCCACCCGUGCUGACUUUCUGGAAUCCUGUCGAUCUGGCAAAUAUGAUCGUGUCAAAGUCAUUAUCAAGACUCUGUAUGGCGGUGUAAGAGUUACUGAUUCUGAGGGUGUUGAUGCUGAAUGGCUCGAUGCUGUUGGGAGAGAUGUGGAGUUGGUUGUUAGUGUCUCUGCUGGCUAUGAGGAUUGUGAUGUUGAUGAAAUGACGAGACGUGGAAUCUUGCUUACGAAGGCUGAGGUUUCCACUGCUACUGCAGACAUUACCAUGUUCUUGCUACUGGCAACAUUCCGAAACACUCACACCGCCCAAAAAAUUAUCCGAGAAGGUACUUUCAAAGAAUCGUUUCGAAUGCCAAAGGAUCUUGGAAAUGACCCCAAAGGCAAAACGCUCGGUAUACUCGGCUACGGCUGCAUUGGCAAAGACGUUACCAAGAAGGCUCAAGCAUUUGGAAUGAAUGUCAUAUAUUACAAACGCACACGUCUACCUGCUCACAAAGAAAAGGAACUCGGCAUCCAUUACGUGUCUUUUGACGAACUGAUAUCCACAUCGCACUGUAUAUCUGUGCAUGUGCCACUGUCUGCUGAAAGCCGUCAUAUGAUUGGGGAUCGAGAGUUUGAGAUGAUGAGGGAUGGUGUGAGGAUUGUGAAUACUGCCAGAGGAGCAAUCAUCAAUGAAUCCGCUCUCAUGAAUGCCCUGAAAACCGGAAAAGUAUUCGCAGCAGGACUCGACGUUUUCGAACAUGAGCCACACGUUCCUGAUUUCUUACGCAAUCAUCCUCGAGUAACGGCUAUAUGCCAUAUUGGUGGUGCAAGUGUUGAGACGUUAGAGGAGUAUGAGAGCCAAGCAAUGGAUAAUGUUGAUUCGUUUGUUACGAGGGGGGUCGCUUUGACGCCUGUGAAUUAUGUGGGUGGGAAGAAUGGGGAUGGAUGUGAGAGGAGGGUGGAAGCGUAUGCACAGUAUCCACAAGCUGAUAACACCACUGAUAUGAAUCUGACCAUUGCUGCUAUCGUAGUCGGAUCCGUCGCUGGCCUCGUCAUUCUCAUCAGUGCUGCAAUCCUGAUCAAACGAUAUCUCACUCGGAGAGCAUCGAUGCAGCACCAAAAACGCAUAACCACAUCACAACCCGAAAUUAAUUCAGUACUGCCACAAAGGAAUCCAACUAUUGUUUCGUCACGACCCAAUUUCCUAAUACCAGUCGUACUGGAAGUCCAACAAGUACCCAUGACACAGACGGUCGUUACAUCGUCCAUGUCGAGUCCCAAUCAACCAUACCUGAUGGAAUCACCAUCAACACUGGUUCCACCGUGCCCAGUGCUACUGCAAAACCCACUGUCUCCUGCGCUGGACUAUCCGUUUCCUGGUAGUGGAGGAGAAUAUGGAUUGACGCAACACACCUAUACGAGGACGUGGCUUGAGUGA